AUGUUACCUCGCAGUGAUUCGAACUCGAGUGUCCAAGGACAAACCCAAGCAAGCUCAAGCUCUUCCAAGCUCUUCCUCCUCCUUCUCCCCAUCCUCGUGAUGUUCAGCGAACUUUACAUCCCCUCGCAAUUCUCCUUUGGAAUGCAGCCAGCAAUCGCCAGCACCAGCAUGGAGCUGAUGGCGAAACAGACCUUCCUCGGCAGCAACUCCGGCAAGGCUGGCGCUCAGCAGAAAGCUCCUCCUCAUGCUCUUGGAGCCGUGAAGCCGGCGCGCUUUCAGAUGCUGCGAGCAUCGGAGGCAGAAGAGAUGACGGGGAGGCUGCUGCUUGCUCAGAAGGAGGCGAUGAAUCGCAAGCCAUGGUGA